GUUUCGCGACGACAGCAGCAUUCAGUUUCUCUGUAUACAAAGAGGUUUCGGUCGGAGUAGCUGAGUGCGUUUAGCUGGGUACAUACAGGAGGGAGGGAAGACAAUGGACGUCACAGGUGUGCCUGCAGUAGGACCGAGCAGGUGGACAGAAAUCACCAACAGAAGCCUAGCAGGGAAUCUUAUCUAGGCAGGCCAACCUAGAAGGUGAAACCUCUUCUGGUUCCUGUAACAGCUUCUCAGGCUUGAUUGUUUGGUCAGCAGCAUGCGGACUCCGACCCCCAUGAUUGUGGGCAUUGUGCUUGGUCCCUGUGGCCUUGUGUUGAACCUGACAAGCACGCUGGCCCCCAGCUGGAGAGAUGUGACUGGAUUACCUGACAUGCCAAGAGAUGUGAUUCAGCACCAAGGGAUCUGGGAUAUUUGCAAUGAGCAGAUUAGUGACCCCACAAACAAAUGCAACAUCGAAGACACCUUUGGUUACUUUAACCAGCUGCCAGUGCAAGUGGCCAGAGGGCUCAUGCCCUCUUCUCUGGCAGUCACAGUCGUGGGGCUGAUUGUGACUUCCUUGGGCGUGCGAUGUUGGCAGGAAAUGCCCCACCAUUUGCUCGCGGGGCUAGGCGGCCUGGUGCUCUUUGUUUCUGGCUUGCUGAGUUUGAUUGCAGUUUCAUGGUACAAUCAUGAAUUGUAUGUCUUACCUUCUCCUCCAUCUACUACCAUGCGGGUGGCCUACUGCUUGGUUCUUGGAUACUUAGGGAGCUGCCUGGAAAUUAUCGGAGGCAUCACUCUGACUUUUAGCUUCGGCCAAUGCUGCAAAGAGUUGAGACUGAAGAAAAGCACCACGAAUUCCAGGAAUGCAACCCGCAACCAGCAGAAUCUGUCAACAAUUGGAGCCAUCUCUUCCCCCAUUAGCUGCACACCAGUUGCCCGGCAAUCCUGGAAUCCCAUGCCCAGAUCCUACAGUAAUUCUCUGGAUGUGCUGGAAGGGGAGAGGACCUGGAGUAAGAGCAGGAGUGAGUGCAACCUUCCCUGUGACUCAGAUGUUUAGCCCUAAACUUGAGAAUUCUCACAAAGCCAAAGCAAGGAGGAAAAUUCUUGGUAUUAUACUAUGAAAUGUCCAUCCAGGAAAGUCCUCUUUACCAAUUUAACAUUUCUCCUUCCUUCUUGACAAAUGAAUCUAUAAAAGAGCCACUGAGAUUCUGGAGCAGUACGUGAUUUAUGUAUUUUCUCAGGAUACCGGCAUGCUGCUUAGGCAACAUAUAUUAUAGUUACUGCACACAGAAAAGGUGUAAAUGGAAUGAAUCGUGCCCUUAACCGGGGCCGGAGUUAGGAGUUAGGAGAUGAAGUGGGCUAAGGAUCCUCUCAAACGAGCCACCUGGUUAGUAAAUAAAAGCAGGAUUUUAAAAAAUAUUGUAAAUUAUGGUAAAAGGUCUAAACAGAAAUUUAAACUGCAAGCAAUAAGCACUGAACUGAGCAGAAAACCCUUACGCUCAAAAACUUACUGCUGAUCAGCCAUGCAUACGAUUGUCCUGUUGUGUAUUAAAAACUGCUUUUACAACGGUGCUACUUAGAGCUCUUAAGCGUUUGCUUUUUUUUACUCUCAGAUGAAAGGCUGAAGGGAGACUUAGUAGAGAUUCUGUACAACUUUUCAUACAAAGCUAUAAUCCUCUUCCUUAAUUAUUCAGAUACGGAGGGAAAGCUGCAAGGAAAACUUAUCCACAUUUGUUUGAAUGUGUAUACAUUCAUAUGAGGAAGGGAAAUCACAGUCAGUUGCACAGAGAAGUUUAUAUACCUUAUGUAGAUAUACUUGAAUGCAGAUAAUUUACUCUUAAGACUUUCUGCUAAGGCUGUGCCAAAACAUGCCUUGCAAUUUAUCAAAAGGGAUUCCCAGCUCCCUCUCCCCCUUCAAAGAGAGGUUUCUAUUUUUCUCAUAUUUCAGGUAGUUGGAAAGUUCUUUCUUGAUGGUGUUUUGAGCUGCUUUAUUGUCUGGCCAAUAGUGUUUGGAGAAAUCUCUUUUUUAUUUUUUGGAAUUCUCUCUCCACUCUCCCUAAUGUAAUUAAAAAAAAAGCCCAAGGGGUGUGGUGGUUCCUUCAUAAUGCUUUACUCUGGGAUUCAGUGUGAGAACCAGUAGUGUGCUGUCUGCUCCUGAGAAGAUGAAAUAGUAAAGGAUAGCAUAGUUGCACGUUCCUUUGCCACCUCUUCACUAAAAGAAGUGCAAGGGUAUCCCAUUCCACCAUGAGAAUUUCACCUCUUCCAGCUCUCUUCUUUUCAAUCAAAUUUGGAAAGCAAUUCCCUUACCCCAGAUUGAAUGAAAACUAGUAGGUGGGAACAUCACAGAGAGCUUUUCUGCACUGUCUUGCAUUCUGCUGUAUGUGCAACAUUUAGAAUAGAGUAACGGGGCCAUUCCCUUGAGCUGAGCUGAGUUUUUGAUAACUUAAUGAACAUGUGAUUUCUUUGACUACAAGGCAGGUGGGUCGUGAUUGUCUUAUUUAGGUGUGUGUGUGUGUGUGUGUUUCAUUUUCCCAAUCCCCAACUGUAGUCUUGAGAUUUCUUGGUGAUCUCUCAUUCUAAUAUUAAUAAAAUCCAAUUUUGCACAAACUUCUUGAGAUCAGCAAGAUUCAGCUAGGAGGUUCUACCUGGUAUGGCCCACCACUUCUAGCCAGGAUGCUUCUAGAAUCUAGAUUGUCUUCUCCGCAGGGUUCUUCUAUUUUUCUUCAAAUAUUGUGCUUGCAGUAUCAAAAUGAAUCAGUAUCUAUUUCCUUGAUGGGAAAAGCAGUUAAAUUACUGCUUGCCUUCAUGUUUUCUAUUUAUGACAAGGAAAAUAUUAUUUUAAUAUGGAAUGUAAUAAGGGGCAGGACAAUCUGUGAUAUUGUCCUGCCAUACCAAACAUGCUAAAAUGUUUACAUUUACUAAUGAGUAGCUUCUAAUUAAAGGCACAGAAACCCAUCAUUGGGGGGAAGGAAUAACAGCAACAUCCUACAACAUUAUGCCACAAAUUAAGGUCUGACCAUCCAAAGACAAACUAACAUUUAAAUGGAAUCAUUGUGUAAUGAUAGUUUGGAUUACGUGAACAGUUAUUGUG